UAGCGGCCCCCAGGCAAAGCAAAGCCCUCUUUUAAGUACCGUCUCUUCGUUAGUCCGUUAAUACGCUGCUGCUUUACAAAGGUUUCAGAUUAUUCCAGAAACCCCCAAAACCCUUUCCUCCUCCUCUCUCCCUCUUCGAUCGCUUUACCAGAUAUUCUUUUUGGCUGAGAGAUCAACCAAAGAUGAGCGUGGUUGGGUUUGAUUUUGGUAACGAAAGCUGCAUUGUUGCUGUUGCGAGGCAAAGGGGGAUUGAUGUUGUGCUCAAUGAUGAGUCCAAGCGUGAAACACCUGCAGUUGUAUGCUUUGGUGACAAGCAGCGGUUUCUUGGGACAGCUGGGGCUUCAUCCACUAUGAUGAACCCAAAGAAUUCGAUCUCACAGAUAAAACGGUUAAUUGGUAGACAGUUUUCUGAUCCAGAAUUGCAGCAGGAUCUGAAGUCAUUGCCUUUUGCUGUCACUGAAGGACCAGAUGGAUAUCCAUUGAUUCAUGCACGGUACUUGGGUGAAGCCAAAGCCUUUACACCUACUCAAGUCUGGGGAAUGAUGUUAUCAAACCUUAAGGAAAUAGCCCAGAAAAAUCUGAAUGCAGCUGUUGUCGAUUGCUGCAUUGGAAUUCCAGUUUAUUUUACUGAUCUUCAGAGGAGAGCAGUCUUGGAUGCAGCCACUAUUGCAGGUUUGCACCCACUUCGCUUGAUUCACGAAACAACAGCAACUGCCUUGGCUUAUGGAAUUUACAAGACUGAUCUUCCUGAAAAUGAUCAGCUGAAUGUUGCCUUUGUUGAUGUUGGACAUGCUAGCAUGCAAGUGUGCAUUGCUGGAUUUAAAAAGGGGCAGCUGAAAGUGUUGUCCCAUUCAUAUGAUAGGUCUCUGGGUGGCAGGGACUUUGACGAGGUUCUGUUUAAUCAUUUUGCUGCAAAGUUUAAGGAGGAAUACAAGAUUGAUGUAUUCCAGAAUGCCAGGGCUAGUCUAAGGUUGAGGGCUGCUUGUGAGAAGCUGAAGAAGGUGCUUAGUGCAAACCCAGAGGCACCUCUGAAUAUUGAGUGCUUAAUGGAUGAGAAGGAUGUCAGAGGCUAUAUCAAGCGGGAUGAGUUUGAGCAACUAAGUCUUCCAAUUUUGGAACGAGUAAAGGAGCCGCUGGAGAAGGCACUUGCAGAAGCAGGUCUCACAGUUGAGAAUGUACACACUGUUGAGGUGGUUGGUUCUGGUUCUCGUGUUCCAGCUAUAAACAAAAUAUUGACAGAGUUUUUCAAAAAGGAGCCUAGGAGGACAAUGAAUGCUAGUGAGUGUGUUGCCAGGGGUUGCGCACUGCAGUGUGCAAUUCUUAGUCCAACUUUUAAAGUACGAGAGUUUCAGGUUCAUGAAAGCUUUCCUUUCUCAAUUUCUCUCUCGUGGAAAGGUUCUGGUCCUGAUGUACAGGAAAGUGGACCAGAUAAUAAGCAAAGCACUCUUGUUUUCCCCAAGGGAAAUCCCAUACCAAGUGUUAAGGCACUGACAAUCUACAGGCCAGGAACCUUUUCUAUUGAUGUUCAAUAUGAUGAUGUGAGUGGUUUGCAAACACCUGCAAAGAUCAGCACAUAUACUAUUGGUCCUUUCCAAUCUACAACAAGUGAAAAGGCAAAAAUUAAAGUGAAAGUUCGAUUGAAUCUGCAUGGAAUUGUAUCUGUCGAGUCAGCAACUCUUCUGGAAGAGGAAGAAAUUGAGGUUCCAGUUUCCAAAGAAACAGCUGGGGAAGAUGCCAAGAUGGAAACUGAUGAAGCUCCUGCUGAUGCUGCUGCACCUCCUAGCACCAAUGACGACGAUGUUAAUAUGCAAGAUGCUAAUGCCAAAGCAACUCCUGAUGCCCCUGGAGCUGAAAAUGGCAUCCCUGAGACAGGAGAUAAGCCUGUACAGAUGGAUACUGAUACCAAGGUUGAGCCAAAGAGAAAAGUGAAGAAAAUAAAUGUUCCUGUGGCAGAGUUAGUUUAUGGGACGAUGGCUUCUGUGGAUGUCCAGAAAGCUGUAGAGAAGGAGUUUGAAAUGGCCUUGCAAGAUCGAGUGAUGGAGGAAACAAAAGACAAGAAAAAUGCAGUAGAGGCAUAUGUUUAUGACAUGAGAAACAAGGUGAUGAUUGUCAUGUUUUUCUCAUUAUUUAAGGUGGAGUAUUUGAUUGUCACCGAAACUAAUUACCUGUUGUCAUUUCAGCUUAAUGACAAAUACCACGAGUUUGUCACUGACUCAGAGAGAGAGGCCUUUACUGCAAAACUUCAGGAGGUGGAAGACUGGCUAUAUGAGGAUGGUGAAGAUGAAACUAAAGGUGUAUACAUAGCCAAACUAGAAGAGCUUAAGAAGCAAGGCGAUCCAAUUGAAGAGCGUUACAAAGAAUACAUGGAGAGGGGUACUGUAAUUGAUCAGCUCACCUAUUGUAUAAAUAGUUACAGAGCAGUUGCAAUGUCAAAUGAUCCCAAAUUCGAUCACAUUGACAUCAACGAGAAACAGAAGGUCUUGAAUGAAUGUGUGGAAGCUGAGAACUGGCUUAGAGAGAAGCAGCAGCAACAGGACUCGCUUCCAAAAUACGCCAACCCUGUACUCUUUUCAGCUGACAUAAGAAAGAAAGCUGAAGCUGUUGACAGGUUCUGUAAGCCGAUUAUGACGAAACCAAAACCUCCUCCACCCAAGCCAGCCACUCCAGAAGCACCGGCAACCCCACCAACUCAGGGUGGUGAGCAGCAGCAACAGCAAGAACCACCAACGGAGAAUGCUAAUGCCAGCCCAAAUGAGGAUGCUGGGGAGGGUGGUAAUCCAGUCCCCCCGCCAGCAGCUGCUGAACCGAUGGAGACUGAAAAAUCAGAGAACACAGGCACUGCCUAAUUUUUGUUGAUUUUGCUCUGAAUUUCGCAUGUUCAAUCCAAUAGUCUCUACCUUUUGUAUAACAAUAUGAAUUGUUACUGGGAAAAUAGCUUUGGGUGAGUUGAUUGGGAGUGGCUGCUGGGAUUCUUGUAGAGCCCUCUCUGCUGGAUUGUUACGCAAGUUUUAUUUAAAUACUAUGGUCUUUGGACCCGGGUUUUUUCCUUUCUUUUCAUUUUCAAAUUUACGUUAUCUAGAUUUAGAUUAUUUGUGUACCAUUUCCUACAAGGGGGAAUUACGAUGUUUGUUUUCAUUUACAUUAAGACUCCAAUUUUCCUUUUGCGUGGCAUUAGUUUUUU